GUUGCCAUGGUAACGGGGCGGACCGCCGCGUCCUUGGAGAUCGGCCGCCGGCAACAGGCGGAACCUCGAGCGGCCCAGGGGAAAGGACGAGUGGGCUCGGUGCAACAGUCCGCACUUUGCACUUACCUUUUCACUAGAAACCCUGGAAAGCUGUUGGAAAUGUCUGAUUCUGUUAAUGAGGUUCCUAGGGAUGAAGUUCUGACUGGCACGCCAAAACCUGACGUGGAUGGCACUGAGCUCAAUUCAAAUGUGUGCAAAUAUUUGAAAGAGCAAUCAGAGGCCACUCCAACUUCUGAACAGAUGUUGAACAGAAGUGCUUGUAUUGGUGAUGGAAAAAAAGACCCGGGGAACAACAAAUCAUACACUGACAUUUGCAUGCACUUAAAGGAACAAACAGUACGCAAACUUGAGGAUAACCCACAACUCAUUGAUCAACGUCCACCAGCAUCUCUCCAAAAUGAUUUCAUCCCAGAAGAAAUCUUGCUGGCUUUGACGACUGUGACAAAUACAUGCUGUCGUGAUGAAUCCAUGAGACCACAAAUGAAAAGCAAAAUUCAAAAAAAUCAUAAAUCUCUGCAGAUACACGGCAUCCGACCAACUGAUCGUGUAUGGCAUCACCCAGUUCGGAGAAAAAAAUUCAAGUACUUGAUAGAUCAGCCUGUCCAACUGGCUCAAGCUGGAAGAGAUAUCUCAUUUUUGUGUGAUGCUGUAUAUUCCCAAUGUUCUGAAGAGUCGGUACCUCCUGUGUCAGUAACCAUGGACAAGAGCGCAGUCCGAGCUCAACUUGAAAAACAACCUGUCAUCAAGCAAUUUGAAGUGCCUGAGAGCCUGAUACCAGACGAGUACCACAUUGUAAAGAAUAAAGGAGUCCUAGGAUUAGAAUACUAUGAGGAUAAAUAUACAACCCUACUUCAGGACCAUGAAAAGAAACUAAGGGUAUUUCCAUCUAUGAAACCAAGUGGUAGGGUUGAGGCCAUUCAGCUCUCUCAAGUGAUGGAUUCAAUGCUGGAAAAAGUUGGAUUUAAUGAAGAUAAUGAACAGCAAAAUAAAGGAGAAACACAGAUGCAUCAUUUGCUAGACCUAGUGAAAAAGGAACAAGACAUUUAUAACAUUGUAUUCCAUGAGCUUAUUCGUCAAAUCAGUGUGGAUUGUGCAGAGCGAGGGGAACUUCUUGCCAAAAUCAGAGAAAGAUAUGUAAAUUUAUUGGAUUAUAUUCCUCGUCAUUUGAAUAACAUGCACAACGAAAUCAUGAUGCAACGAGUGUUGGACAAGCAACUUAUUGUGGAGCUGUUCGUUUUCCAGAAUGCUGUUGAAAAACUUAACAGGACUGAAAAUGAGUGGAAACGUAUGCUAGAACAAGCCAUUAACACUAAACAACAGUGUACCAAGACAAAGAAAAGAUUAGCCCUACAAGGAAAAAUUGGCCAAGCUCUCAUACAGCAAAAAACACAGACAAUUCAGGGACUUGGAUAA